AUGGGUGUCAUAGCCGUGCGCGGCGCUCAUGUAUUCGGGGAGAGGGAAAUUCAAGCGAGUAAGCCAGUUGCCACGUUCAAAGGAAAGAAGACGAGCUGGCCAUAUGCCGCAACUCCCGUGCAGCAAGUUCAGGUCAAGCCAGACACAGGAAAAGACGAAAAAUGUGAGCAGAAAAAAGAUCCAUUAAAGCCGGUGAAGGCCUUAUCUCCUGCACCUCAAGUACAGGCGAAAUCAGAAGUCAAAAAACCAGGAACGCCUGUGAAGACGCAGAAGUGUGAACCAGUGCGAACAGUAGAGGUUGCGCAGAAGCCGCCGAAGAGUGAAGCACCGCAACCACCAAAGGAAAAACCAAAAAGCCAAAUCAAGUCAAUCGUUCCUCCAAGUAAUCAACACUCGGUCGCCGCUAUGGACCCCAACUAUGAAACACUCCAUGGUUUGAGUAAUGAUGCGAUCUUUCCAAAAAAGAACGAUAAUCCUAAUCCCAAUAAGAACGAAGUAAAGGAGACCUCCGAUAACGCUUAUGAAAACGCAGCUACAUUAGACAAUGAAGACAUUGUCAUCAAGGUGAGUUUGCUCGGGAAACAGGAUGUGAAGUUUACUGACAAUGGGCUCGAGAAUUUCAUUCUUUACCCUGCUUUUGGAAAUGGUCUCAAGCUUCUUCCAAAAUGCCAGCCCGCCGCCGUAAUAACAAGAAGUGAAAGCGGGGGAACCACUUGA